ACUUUAGGAGGGCCUGGCGUCAGUGCUGGUACCCAGAGUGUGCAGUCAGAUAAAGGAUCCCCAAAGUGAGCUCAAUCAGAAAAGAACAGAGUGGGCCCAGAGAGAAGCACCCGCCAUGGUGGGUCCGCAGCCCCAGGGGUCCAGCUUCCAGAAUGCACACAUGUCCUAGUUGAAUCGGGGGCAGAGUCUGGCAGGGUGCUACAGUCAAGGUCCCCAGAAGAGCACGGCAUGCAGAUGACAGCAGGCCCCCCAGAGGAGAAGACAACAUGUGGCCUCCACAGGGCCACAUCUGAGGUCAAGGAGUGUGGCAGAGUUUGUCUAGCAAUCAGUGUAGUGCUCCAGGGUAGCCAACUGGGGACAGCCACCAAGUGGCUACAGAUGGCCUCGCCCCUUGAUCUCACCUCAUCUGUGACCCCUGCCAGGUUUAUUAAGAUCGGUGACAAGGAGGUGGAGUAUCACCCCAGUUUCCGCCUCAUCCUGCACACCAAGUACUUCAACCCGCACUACAAGCCCGAGAUGCAGGCCCAGUGCACCCUCAUCAACUUCCUGGUCACCAGAGAUGGGCUCGAGGACCAACUCCUGGCCGCUGUGGUGGCCAAAGAGCGUCCAGAUCUGGAGCAGCUGAAGGCGAACCUCACAAAAUCUCAGAACGAAUUCAAGAUUGUCCUGAAGGAGCUAGAAGACUCACUUCUAGCACGUCUCUCGGCCGCAUCGGGGAACUUUCUAGGAGACACGGCCUUGGUGGAGAACCUGGAGACCACAAAACACACAGCCAGUGAGAUCGAGGAGAAGGUAGGAGCCAGUUCCUGGGCUGCCAUGUGGCCCAGCCUGAGUGCACAGGAGGGUGGUAGCCGGGCU